CGGGUAGGUAUUGUUUCCUGCUAUGGCCCGGAUAACAACAAGAUGGCGGCGGCCAUGAAGUGGAAGAAAAUCACGAAUUCUACGGGCCCAGUGCCCCGGCCACGGCAUGGGCAUCGUGCGGUGGCUAUCAGGGAACUCAUGGUUGUAUUUGGUGGUGGAAAUGAGGGGAUUGUGGACGAACUUCACGUGUAUAAUACAGCUACUAAUCAGUGGUUUGUGCCGGCCGUGAGAGGCGAUAUUCCGCCAGGCUGCGCUGCGUAUGGAUUUAUUUGCGACGGAACGCGGCUGAUUCUUUUUGGAGGGAUGGUUGAAUACGGGAGGUAUUCAAAUGAGAUGUAUGAACUACAAGCAAGUAGGUGGGAAUGGAAGAAACUCAAGCCCAAGCCGCCCAAGACUGCUGGGGUUCCGCCACCUUGUCCACGGCUUGGACACAGUUUUACACUGAUAGGCCAUAAAGCUUAUCUUUUUGCUGGCUUGGCAAAUGACAGUGAUGACCCCAAGAACAACAUUCCAAGAUACCUGAAUGACUUGUACAUUAUUGAUGUGAGACCAAACAGUUCCUUGCACUGGGAAUGUCCUCAGACAUUUGGCACUAUCCCCUCUCCCAGGGAGUCCCACACUUGUGUUGCGCACACUCAUAGUGACGGCAAAAAGGCCAGACUGAUUGUAUAUGGUGGGAUGAGCGGAUGUCGCCUGGGGGAUCUUUAUCAACUCGAUAUAGACUCUAUGGUCUGGUCCAAGCCUACAGUUAAAGGAGCAGUUCCUCUUCCCAGAAGCCUCCACUCUGCCACCACAUGUGGCUCAAAGAUGUAUGUGUUUGGCGGCUGGGUGCCUUUGGUCAUUGAUGACGUAAAGGGGACACAGCAUGAGAAAGAAUGGAAGUGUACAAACUCUUUGGCAUGUCUAAACAUGGAUACCAUGACAUGGGAGAAUAUCACAGUGGAUCAGUAUGAUGAGUCCAUUCCUAGAGCAAGAGCUGGACAUUGUUCUGUUUCUAUGAGCACAAGAUUGUACAUCUGGAGUGGUCGCGACGGUUAUAGAAAAGCUUGGAAUAAUCAGGUUUGCUGCAAGGAUUUGUGGUUCCUUGAGACAGAGAAACCACCAGCCCCUAGCCGUGUGCAGUUAGUGAGGGCUAGUACUACUACGUUGGAGGUGUGCUGGGGAUCUGUUAGCACAGCUGAUGCUUACAUACUACAGCUUCAGAAGUAUGAGCUCCCGCCUGCUCCAUCUCCUACACAGCCCCUAACACCCCAAGCGUCUAUGAAGCAGCCAAUUGCUGCUGGCAGCCCCACACCCUUAAAGGGUAGCUCCAUACCCCCGAGCCCAAACAGAAGCCCAGCAGCCAGCCCUGCGCCGAGUCCCUCUGCAGUUAAACCAUUCCAUCCUGUGUCUUCUGCGCCAAGUGCCAUCAAGUUCCCAGCAAAACCUAAUGUCCCUGCACCAGGAACUAUCAUGCCUGCUCCUGUUUCACACCCUGUGGCUUCACCCAAAGUGGCACAAAGUCCUGUAAGGACUGUUCAGGUCCCAGGAAAACCUACACCAUCAGUAACAACAACAUUAGCUAAUCAAUCAAAACCCUUGGUGAUAACGACAGCAGCAGCAUCACUACAUCAAACCAAACUGGUGAUUGCUAGUGGGACAGGGACCUCUCCUGUUAAACAGAUGGUACAAGCACAUGCUCUUAUCCAAGGACAGCAAACUGGCAUGCCUCAGGGCCUUACCCUAAUACGUACCCCCAUGCAGCUACCACCAGGUGUGCAGGCAACCAUGAUUACCAAUGCACAAGGUGUACCGGUGAUGAGACUGCAAGGUCCUGGUCUUGGCGCUAACAGCCCUCUCACCAUUGUCACGUCUCAAAUUGGUGGAACAGCUGGUACCACUAUAUUGCGGUUUGCCACCCCAACUAGCGGGGCGACCUCCAGUAGUGGGCCCACUGUGGUUAAGCUCCCAGCACAGACUAUUGCCUCCUCUCUGCCAUCCACGUUGGUCAAGGUUCUCCCCAGUGCAACAGCAGCCACAGCUCAAGCUGGCACCCAGAAAGGAAUUGUUGUAACCCAGGGUGUGACAUCUGCAGCAUCAAUGCUUGCCCAAGUACCAGUUACCAUCUCCAUGACAAAGGCACCUGGUGUUGUGCAGACAUCAGCUGCUUCCAGUGAACCAACCCUUGUCAGACAACCAAUACCUGUUUCUUUACCAGCAAACCUCCCUCCAGGCACUCAAAUCAAGGUACUGGGACCGCAAGGCCAGAUAACAGCAGUCGGACAGGGUGGCAUUCCUGUCCAGAUUGCCCUGCAGAAUAUGAGAUCCCAGCUCCCCCCUGGUGUCCAAGUGCAGCAAGGAAAAUCUGGCUCCCCUACAGUCCUUCAACUCCCUCUGUCUGCGGCUUCUCUAAAGGCUGCAGUGGCGGGAACAAAAGCCCCAACCACGCAGUCACUAACCCCAACUCUUGCCCAAGCUACGUCAGCCUCCACUCCCACUAAGGUUGUGUUUGUCACUAAGGCAGGGGCUGGCGGCCCUCAGCCUGCCUCUGCUGGCAAGCAGUUUGGUUUGACUGUUGUGACCCAGCUUGAGACCAAACCUAAAGCUGUGACCACAAGUCAGAAGCCAGCUCUUCAAGUUCAAACAACAGUCACAGGGCCUAACCCACAGGGUGUUGUAGCAUCUGUUGUAAGCUCUGUAGUUCCCAGUGCAAAACCAGCCACAGCAAGCAGUGCAGUAGUCUCACCAACCCCUGUCGCUGGUAUUAGCAGUGCUGCAAGUCUGGUCAAACAACUCAUAGCCACAGUGAACACACAGGCAGGGGCAACGGUAAGGGCGAUCCCAGCGACAGUUACCAUUGCUGGUAGCAGUCCUAUCUCAGGUGCCAGCACCACGCAGCUGUCUUUGAGCUCCACUCCAGUUCCCACCACUGCCGUCACGUCCACCCUUAUUGCAACGUUACAAAGUCCAACUCCUCAGACUACCACAGUGGCAACCCCAAGAACUGUUAUCUCGGCACUGCCUUCUCCCACUGUUGUACCAACGGUCCCACCAGCCAAGCCUGUACCUACACCUGUGGUCUCAUCCCUCACAACCCCUCUUGUGUCGGCUACAGUGCUUAAUGCCAGUCAGGCGCAGACCAGGGUGGCCACAAGUGUUGCAGCACCAACCUCGGCACAAUAUUCAGCAGUUACAAGCAGUAGUCCCAGAGGACAGGGUGUGGCUGGAGCCAUUCAGACUAGUACCCCCCUUAGUACCCUGUCAAAUGUUGCAACAUCAGUCACCGGACAGGCAACAGUCUCCUAUAAUGGUGGCAGUCCUUUGCUAAAGACCUCAAAGCCCACAGUUGUAACAUCACAGAAGGGAGGGCGUCAGAGGCCAGCACCAGGUAGAAAGCCACAGCAACCAAGCAUCUGGUAUGAUGUUGGCAUUGUCAAGACCACCUCCAUGCUGGUCACGCACUACCACCUUGCAUCAGAGAAUACUAACAAAGAGCCGGAGAUUGAUGUCGUCAGUACAGAACAGACCUCGACAAAACGCCUGGAGCUUCAACCUGGCACAGCCUACAAGUUCCGUGUGGCAGCCAUUAAUGUGUGUGGGAGAGGACCCUUCAGUGAUGUGUCUGCUUUCAAGACAUGUCUACCAGGCUUUCCUGGAGCACCAUCAGCUAUAAAGAUCAGCAAGAAUACAGAGGGAGCGCACCUGUCAUGGGAAGCACCGUCCAAUGCAUCAGGGAAUGUCACCGAGUACUCUGUCUACCUCGCCAUUCGCAGCCAGGCAGCAGGCCAUGAUAUCAAGGACGUAGCUGCCUUGAGCAACCCACCCAAUGCGCCUGUGCAACUAGCAUUUGUGCGUGUCUACUGCGGAGCACAGCCCACGUGCACUGUGUCUCUGGCUACUCUACAAAGCGCCCACAUUGACUACUCGACUAAAGCAGCUAUCAUUUUCAGAAUUGCUGCUAAGAAUGACAAAGGAUACGGUCCUGCUACACAAGUGAGAUGGCUUCAAGACCCUCGGGACCUGAAGGAUGGACAGCUUGUUGUUAAACAAGCAGCAAAGCGUGCUGCAACUGAUAAGUCUGCUGAUGCCAAGAAGCCGAAGAAAGAGAAAGCAAAAAAAGAGAAAGAGCCUGAAAAAGAUAAAACAAACAUGGAAGUUCCACCAAAAGAAAAAGCAACACUAAACACAGAAAAGACAGACUCGACCCCAGUUGAGACACUUCCUCCUCCCCCAUCCAAUAGCUAGUAAUUGUGGCUUAGCCAUGCAGUAAAGAUUUUAAAAUAACCUGGGCAGCUGGCAAUUCGGAGAUAUUUUAUAGCUUAGAUUGCAAAGUAUGAUCUAACAGUAAACAAACAAAUAUACUUACAAUUUUGUUUUGCUUGAAAAUAAAUAAGAUUUUAUAGCCACUUCCCCAUUUCGCUGCUAACACACAUAUCUGCCAUUCCCAAAAACUCCAAAAAUGAGAUUGACAUCUCAUCAAUAUACAUCAAUUGUAUUGGUAAGUUGUGAGAAGUUUACCUCGGAGGUAUGCAUUAAAUAUAUGGAAAAGUUCCACUUUUUGGGCGAGAUAAAUGCUGAAAACUCCUGGUUUUCAGACUUCAAGCUAAACUGGGAGAGUUGGCAGGUAUGAUAUAUUUUCCUUGUAAAAAAAUACGAAAUGCUAGCUUUGACAGGUUAUAUUGAGAGCUUAAAGUGACCUUGUGGUUGAAUGUACAGUUGUGAGAUAGCUAUAUAAGCAACCUAUUUUAUCUAUUAUUUUGUGGGAACAAGUUUUGGUUGAUCGGAAACCCUUUUAGAGCAAGAAUAGUAACCUAAUAUAUUACUAAUGCAAGAGCCAAGCCUCAAUCUGUGGCUGCAUGAGUAUAGCUUUUGUUUUCCUAUGUAUAGAAACAGUGUGUUUUCUUGAUUUUUCUUGUGCACUUUUUUAAGUGAAAAGAAAGUGCUGUUCCCCUUGAGCCACACUGUGCAGUGAUAAAAGCAAGCAUUCCAAUCUAAACUCUCAUCUGACUUUUUAUACCCUGUAAGUAUGUCUUUUUUUAGAUGUAGAAAGUCAUGAAUAUCUGUUAAGUGUGAAGGUCAUAUUUCCAUAUUCCCAACCUGAUAUACUAUACAAAUAACUGUAGAAUACUGUGGCAUUACAAAAUUCUCCCUUGUCCUAUCCUUCCAUGAGCAGUCGCAAUACACUUCCACCAAGUUUCAAACAUUUUCACCAAUAAAUGGCUUGUUCUCUCGUGGUUUAUAGCAUAUUUUGAAGUUUAAGUAUAAUUUUAGUCUGAAAAUGACAGGACCUUGUUUGUACACAAGGUUCAAAACCUUGUAGAUAGGAGAGGAGUAUGUUGAUCAUUAAACAGCAUUUUACAGAA